AUGUCAUUGGCAGACGAUGUCGGGUGGUCAUGGUCCCCCGAAGAGACAAAGGCGCUGAUCUCGGUAUGGUCAGACAAACAGAUUCUUCUGAAGAUGGAGCAAACGUACAGAAACAAACAUGUUUACAGCGAAAUUUCGGAGCGGCUAAAAGACCUUGGUGUCAAACGGACGUGGAAGCAGUGCCAAAACAAGAUUAAGGCAUUGAAGUGGAGAUACAGAGAAACACUGAGGAACCCAAGCAGUAGCCGACCGUGUCCAUUCUUUAAUGAACUGCACGAUUUUCUCGCCGCCAUGCCUGACAUGCCUGAGUCCAAAGAAACUGACGACGAGGAAGAUAAUGGUAAGCAAAUCAGGUUAAAUGAAUAGUUUUCAGUGUCAAACCAUCAUAAUUGUUUUCUUAACUAAAGAGGAGUUGGACUAUGGUUAGCCAUCUAUAAAAAAAAAAAUGUGGAGCGAUAUUAUUUUCUAGAAUUCGCAACUCAAUUCUGAUAUUUUUUCACCGUACAAAUCAUCAAGCUCUAAAAAAUAUAUUGAUGUGAAAAGAUCUGAUGUGAUUGGUCGAAAGACCAAUUAAUGGAACAAAAUAUAAAAAUUGGGCUGCCUGUGUAAACCCAGUCACACAUAUCAACAUCAUCAUCUUCAAGGGUUUAAGGCUGCGUUUAGACAGGUAGCCCAAUUGUAUUUUAUCCACUAAUUGGUGUUUUGACCAAUCACUUGAGAUCUUUUUACAUUUGAUAUUUUUAAGAGCUGAUGUGAUUUGGCUAAAAUACCAAUUAGUGGGAAAAAACAUCCGUAUUGGGCUGUCUGUAAAGAAUGUAACCUGUCCCCAGGCUUAAUUGCUACCACAUAUAGGUUCGAAAGAGCAGCUGGUGAACAAGAUUAGUUAGAAUGGAAAUUCGUCCUCUGCCUUUCCCAAAACCCCAGACACACACACGUUGAGGCACACCGCACCCCUGGAUGGAUUAAGUGCCUUGCUCAAGAACACAACAGCAGGGCCCAGUAAAAAAAGUAAUAAAAUCUGAUUGGAUUUAGAGCUGGCACAAUUACUGUAUAACCAUAUAACCGAUGGUUAUGGAUGAAGACUGUCAUGAAAAUAAAAUAACUGUCAUUUUUUUCAAACAGCUAGCCAGCAGAUUCCGAGCCUACCGUUGCGCUUGUUUACACUGAGCUGCACUGGAACGCAAUCAUGGUUAGAUUAAGACACCGUGGAGCCGGCUCGAGAUAUGGGUUGGAAAACGUACCUCAAUGCAGGGAUGAGAUGUGCCACUGUACUCCAAAUUUUACCUAUAUCCAAACGGAUAUAUCGAAGGUUUGAAUACUGCUUGUUUUUACGGAAAAAUGCCCUUUUCGUCCUCAUGCUAGCUAGCAGGAGCCACUGCAGCCAUUUUGGAAUGGCAGUGUCAGCCAAUCAGCUCCUUUGUCGAUCAACAUGACGUGCCAUUCCAUAAUGGCUGCUGUGGCUACUGCUAGCUAGCAUUAAGAGGAAAAGGUAUGUUUUCCUGAAAAACUAGCAGUAUUUCAAUCCUCUCAAUGUAUCAGUUUGGAUAUAGGUAAAAUUGUAAGUACAGUGGCACAUCCCAUCCCUGCAUUGAGGUACAUUUUCCAACCCAUAUCUCGCGCCGGCUCCGCAAUGCCUUAAUCUAACCAUGAUUGCGUUCGGAACCCAGUGCAGCAGUGUAAACAAGCGUAACGGUAGGGUCAGAAUUUGCUGGCUAACAAACAGCUGACUGAAUGACCACAAUGCAGCAGCAGCACACAGGAAUAUAAUAAAUAGAACCUCUAACCCUGGCAAUUUGACUUGUAAACUCAUGGGUACACUCGCAAUGGCUGCCUGGUAUUGUGAUGCAGUAAUUUCAAGUUUUAGGGUGUGUUCAUAACUGUAUUCUGGAGUGCCAGAGUGCGCUCUGGGCAUUCGUAAAUGGUCCCGUGUGGCUCAGUUGGUAGAGCAUGGCACUUGCAACGCCAGGGUUGUGGGUUCGAUUCCCAAGGGGGACCAGUACGAACAAAUAUGAAAAUGAAUGCACUCACUACUGUAAGUCGCUCUGGAUAAGAGCGUCUGCUAAAUGACGUAAAUGUAAAUUCAGAGCGUUUCGCUGAAGCACCCAAGCUACCUGGCUAAAGUUGGCUAGCUUGCUAGCUACAUCCAGACAUAAGAGAGAACACCUCACUCUGACCAUUUUACUCGCCCUAGCAGAGCUCGGUAGGCUGUUUUCAUGGUAUCUAGAGAAUUGGUGACUGUAACUGUGCUGCUGGCAACAAUUUAAUUGUUUUUUUUUGCUGAAGUUUACUGACACCGGUCAUAUUUAACGGUUGUUGCACGUAUGUAAAUUCAUCAGUUAUUCUGCACUCUGGCACACUGAAAUCGGAGUAGAUGGCCAGAGUGAAUUUACGAACACACCCUUAAUAUCACAUGCACGAGUACAGUGAAAAAUGCCUAUACUUACCUCAACAAUGCAGUAAUCAUAACAAUGUACUACUAAAAAGAACAAGCUAGAACAAAAACACGAUAAAGUAAGCAUACAAGAUACAGGGUCAGUUCCAGUACCAUAUUUACAAUGUGAAGGGAUACUGGAUUGAUAAAGGUAGAUAGAGGGGUAAGGUGACUAGGCUAGGCAUCAGGAUAUAUGAUAAACAGAGUAGCAGCAGUGUAUAUGAUGAGAGUCAGUAUAAAUGUAUGUGCAUAUUAUGUGUGUGUGAGCAAACGAUGGAGUAAGUGUUUGUAUGUAGAAUGUUAAUUCAAAUUAUGUUAACUAAUGUGGCUCAUGCAAUGGAAUCUAUUAAAUUUUUUGUAAUGUCAGUUGAGUUGAAUCAACAAACCACAGGACAUAUUUUAGCACAUAUUUUACUUCCUGCUUUGCUCCUAUGGGUACACUUGUAAUGGCCGCCAGUUCACCCAUUAUGCCAACAUUUAAUUGAAUGGGGACGUCGAUUCUAUUAAUUAUAUUUAUAUGGCAGCACAUGCAGUCAGAGCCAAGGAGAGGAGGAAAUAUGGGUUUAAAAAAAAUCUAGCGGUCAUUUGGCUGUCCAAUUACCGUCAUCCAAAAUUCCAUGACAGUCACAGCCCUAAUUGGAUUAAAUGUUAGAAUUGGGUAUUUCAAAACUGAAAAAUAAGAUUCUGAUCCUCCGAAUAGGGAUUUGGUAAUCCAGGCUGACCUUUAAUCAUGAUUAAAUGUUGUUUUUGUGUUUAUUCAAAACUCAAAAGUAGUGAUUAGGAUUGUUUUGAUGCAGAACAUUUUGAUAAUCUUGAUCCCACUGGAAGGGUGGAUUCAGGAUGGAUUUAGAAAGUUGAAAGGCACUACAACUGUGAUAUUUCAAUGUAACUAAGGUGGGGAGGUUUAAACUGUCUUACAUCUGAAAACCAAAGCUUCAUUAUGUUAAAUUGAUUGCAGUAUAGGUCAGUUGUUAUAUUGAGAAGUAUCAAAUAAAUGCAUGUAGGCUACUUACUUAUAAGUGAAAUGCAGGCUCUAUUAUUUGUAUUCUUAGUUACCUUCAUUCAUGUAGUUUACUCAUUUCUGUUUCAUUAUGACAGAAGUAGGAACAUAACCUGUCCAGUAGAUGACAAGCAUUUAGGCUGCUGCCACCCACAUUUAGCUACGCAGCAACAAAACCACUCCAUGACGUGUAAAAUCUGAUCAUCUGUACGCUGCAAUCGCAAUAAAGCUGGCCUGGAACGUCACCAAAUGUUUUCUUUCCUACCAGGUCUUCCUCUUCCUCUGUCGUCUCUGCGUCUUUUGGUUCCUCCACUGCGGCUGGUGUCUGCAGCUCUGUGGCAAGUUGUUCAGCGGAGAGACAUAAUGGACUACGGGUUGGUGGAGGAGUUUGUCACCACUGUGUUGGAGAUAAUCCCUGAUCUGAUGAGUUACAGAGAGAAAGUACAACUCAUCAUGGGGCUGCGAGCACAGGUGAGAGCUAGAGGGGUAUGACUGAAGUACAAUGUUGGGUGACAUUUGUGUGCAUGCAGUGCUCCCUUGAGAAAGAGACCUUGGUCUCAAUGGGACUCCUGGUUAAAAAUACAAAAAAUCUGGUAACACUUAACUAUAAGGUUCCACUUGUAAAGGGGUUAUAAUUACAUUAUUAACAUUUAAUGAUUUGUAAAUGCAUUAUAAAUCAUGAAUAAAUGGUUAUAUCGCAUUGGUCAAAAUAGUGCAAUAACUGGUCAGUGUUUGCCAAAUAGUGAGCCAAUAUUUACAUUCAGUUUUUAACCAUUUAUAAAUGCACUUAAUUUUUUAAAACAUUAUUAGUCAUUUAGCAGACGCUCUUAUCCAGAGCGAUUUACAGUUAAGUGACUGCAUACAUUUUCAUACUGGCCCCCCGUGGGAAUCGAACCCACAACCCUGGCGUUGCAAACGCCAUGCUCUACCAACUGAGCUACAUCCCUGCCGGCCAUUCCCUCCCCUACCCUGGACGACGCUGGCUAAUUGUGCGCCGCCCCAUGGGUCUCCCGGUCGCGGCCGGCUACGACAGAGUCUGGAUUCGAACCAGGAUCUCUAGUGGCACAGCUAGCACUGCGAUGCAGUGCCUUACACCACCGCGCCACUCGGGAGAGACUUAACAAAUGCGCAUAAGAUUAACCCUCAUGUACCAUCAUGCAACCUUCUAUUCAAUAGUUGCACAGUAGAACAAUUAGUUAUUUGCGUUGGUGCUCUGUCCCACGAACAGAAGAGGUUGAUUUUCAUGUCUUGACCCACAUUUGAAACCCUGGCCAAAUUUACAUCCAGGACAUUAUUCAAUCAUCGUUCCCAACAUAUUACCUCUUACCAGAUGAUAUCAACACACUUACCACUUCUCUGUGAUAGUCCAAUUAUGGUGAAUGCUCUGGUGUGAAAUGGGAACCGUAAUACUUUUGUUUGGUGAAACAGUGGAGGUAUCUUCUCAGAAUGUUGAAUGUUUUGAUAUUCAUACCCACCAUUAAUUGACUGAACAUGUUUAACAAUACUGCCUAUACAGUGAGGGAAAACAUUAUUUGAUCCCCUGCUGAUUUUGUACGUUUGCCCACUGACAAAGAAAUGAUCAGUCUAUAAUUUUAAUGGUAGGUUUACAGUGAGGGAAAAAAUUAUUUGAUCCCCUGCUAAUUUUGUACAUUUGCCCAAUGACAAAGACAUGAUCAGUCUAUAAUUUUAAUGGUAGGUUUAUUUGAACAGUGAGAGACAGAAUAACAACAACAAAAUCCAGAAAAACGCAUGUCAAAAAUGUUAUAAAUUGAUUUGCAUUUUAAUGAGGGAAAUAAGUAUUUGACCCCAAUAUACACUGCUCAAAAAAAUAAAGGGAACACUUAAACAACACAAUGUAACUCCAAGUCAAUCUCACUUCUGUGAAAUCAAACUGUCCACUUAGGAAGCAACAAUGAUUGACAAUAAAUGUCACAUGCUGUUGUGCAAAUGGAAUAGACAACAGGUGGAAAUUAUAGGCAAUUAGCAAGACACCCCCAAUAAAGAAGUGGUUCUGCAGGUGGUGACCACAGACCACUUCUCAGUUCCUAUGCUUCCUGGCUGAUGUUUUGGUCACUUUUGAAUGCUGGCGGUGCUUUCACUCUAGUGGUAGCAUGAGACGGAGUCUACAACCCACACAAGUGGCUCAGGUAGUGCAGCUCAUCCAGGAUGGCACAUCAAUGCGAGCUGUGGCAAGAAGGUUUGCUGUGUCUGUCAGCGUAGUGUCCAGAGCAUGGAGGCGCUACCAGGAGACAGGCCAGUACAUCAGGAGACGUGGAGGAGGCCGUAGGAGGGCAACAACCCAGCAGCAGGACCGCUACCUCCUACUUUGUGCAAGGAGGAGCAGGAGGAGCACUGCCAGAGCCCUGCAAAAUGACCUCCAGCAGGCCAUAAAUGUGCAUGUGUCUGCUCAAACGGUCAGAAACAGACUCCAUGAGGGUGGUAUGAGGGCCCGACGUCUACAGGUGGGGGUUGUGCUUACAGCCCAACACCGUGCAGGACGUUUGGCAUUUGCCAGAGAACACCAAGAUUGGCAAAUUCGCCACUGGCGCCCUGUGCUCUUCACAGAUGAAAGCAGGUUCACACUGAGAACAUGUGACAGAGGUGACAGAGUCUGGAGACGCCGUGGAGAACGUUCUGCUGCCUGCAACAUCCUCCAGCAUGACCGGUUUGGCGGUGGGUCAGUCAUGGUGUGGGGUUGGCAUUUCUUUGGGGGGGCCGCACAGCCCUCCAUGUGCUCGCCAGAGGUAGCCUGACUGCCAUUAGGUACCGAGAUGAGAUCCUCAGACCCCUUGUGAGACCAUAUGCUGGUGCGGUUGGCCCUGGGUUUCCUCCUAAUGCAAGACAAUGCUAGACCUCAUGUGGCUGGAGUGUGUCAGCAGUUCCUGCAAGAGGAAGGCAUUGAUGCUAUGGACUGGCCCGCCCGUUCCCCAGACCUGAAUCCAAUUGAGCACAUCUGGGACAUCAUGUCUCGCUCCAUCCACCAACGCCACGUUGCACCACAGACUGUCCAGGAGUUGGCGGAUGCUUUAGUCCAGGUCUGGGAGGAGAUCCCUCAGGAGACCAUCCGCCACCUCAUCAGGAGCAUGCCCAGGCGUUGUAGGGAGGUCAUACAGGCACGUGGAGGCCACACACACUACUGAGCCUCAUUUUGACUUGUUUUAAGGACAUUACAUCAAAGUUGGAUCAGCCUGUAGUGUGGUUUUCCACUUUAAUUUUGAGGGUGACUCCAAAUCCAGACCUCCAUGGGUUGAUACAUUUGAUUUCCAUUGAUAAUUUUUAUGUGAUUUUGUUGUCAGCACAUUCAACUAUGUAAAGAAAAAAGUAUUUAAUAAGAUUAUUUCAUUCAUUCAGAUCUAGGAUGUGUUAUUUUAGUGUUCCCUUUAUUUUUUUGAGCAGUGUGUAUAUAUAUCUAUCAGUUGAAGCCGGAAGUUUACAUACACUUAGGUUGGAGUCAUUAAAACUAGUUUUUCAACCACUCCACAAAUUUCUUGUUAACAAACUAUAGUUUUGGCAAGUCGGUUAGGACAUCUACUUUGUGCAUGACAAGUAAUUUUUCCAACAAUUGUUUACUGACAGAUUAUUUCACUUAUAAUUCACUGUAUCACAAUUCCAGUGGGUCAGAAGUUUACAUACACUAAGUUGACUGUGCCUUUUAAGCAGCUUGGAAAAUUCCAGAAAAUGAUGUCAUGGCUUUAGAAGCUUCUGAUAGGCUAAUUGACAUCAUUUGAGUCAAUUGGAGGUGUACCUGUGGAUGUAUUUCAAACUCAGUGUGUCUUUGCUUGACAUCAUGGGAAAAUCAAAAGAAAUCAGUCAAGACCUCAAAAAAUAUUGUAGACCUCCACAAGUCUGGUUCAUCCUCGGGAGCAAUUGCCAAACGCCUGAAGGUACCACGUUCGCCUGUACAAACAAUAGUACGCAAGUAUGAACACCAUGGGACCACGCAGCCGUCAUACCGCUCAGGAAGGAGACGCAUUCUGUCUCCUAGAGAUGAACGUACUUUGGUGUGAGAAGUGCAAAUCAAUUCCAGAACAACAGCAAAGGACCUUGUGAAGAUGCUGGAGAAAACAGGUACAAAAUUAUCUAUAUCCACAGUAAAACAAGUCUUAUAUCUACAUAACCUGAAAGGCCGCUCAGCAAGGAAGAAGCCACUGCUCCAAAACUGCCAUAAAAAAGCCCAACUACGGUUUGCAACUGCACAUGGGGACAAAGAUAAGUACUUUUUGGAGAAAUGUCCUCUGGUCUGAUGGAAACAAAAAUAGAACUGUUUGGCCAUAAUGACCAUCGUUAUGUUUGGAGGAAAAAGGGGGUUACUUGCAAGCCGAAGAACACCAUCCCAUCCGUGAAGCACGGGCGUGGCAGCAUCAUGCUGUGGGGGUGCUUUGCUGCAGGAGGGGACUGGUGCACUUCACAAAAUAGAUGGCAUCAUGAGGAAGGAAAAUUAUGUGGAUAUAUUGAAGCAAUAUCUCAAGACAUCAGUCCAGAAAGUUAAAGCUUGGUCACAAAUGGACAAUGACCUCAAGCAUACUUCCAAAGUUGUGGCAAAAUGGCUUAAGGACAACAAAGUCAAGGUAUUGGAGUGGCCAUCACAAAGCCCUGACCUCAAUCCUAUAGAACAUUUGUGGGCAGAACUGAAAAAGCGUGUGCGAGCAAGGAGGCUUAUGAACCUGACUCAGUUACACCAGUUCGGUCAGGAGGAAUGGGCCAAAAUUCACCCAACUUAUUGUAGGAAGCUUGUGGAAGGCUACUUGAAACGUUUGACCCAAGUUAAACAAUUUAAAGGCAAUGCUACCAAAUACUAAUUGAGUGUAUGUAAACUUCUGACCCACUGGGAAUGUGAUGAAAGAAAUAAAAGCUGAAAUAAAUAAUUCUCUCUACUAUUAUUCUGACAUUUCACAUUCUUAAAAUAAAGUGGUGAUCCUAACUGACCUAAGACAGGGAAUAUUGACUAGGAUUAAGUGUCAGGAAUUGUGAAAAACAGAGUUUAAAUGUAUUUGGCUAAGGUGUAUGUAAACUUCCGACUUCAACUGUGUGUGUGUGUGGGUGGUGUGGUAUGAUAAUACUUGAUAUUUGAUAAGAAUGAGAUAAUAUAGUACAGUGAGUAGAUAUAGCACGAAGUAUAGUAAUAUAUUACCAAAGAGUAUAUAUAAAGCCAUAUAAGAGAUAUAGAUAUAUGAUUUAUAUACAAACACACACACACCACACACACACCACACACCACACACCACCACACACACACACACACACACAGUGGGGAAAAAAAGUAUUUAGUCAGCCACCAAUUGUGCAAGUUCUUCCACUUAAAAGAUGAGAGGCCUGUAAUUUUCAUCAUAGGUACACGUCAACUAUGACAGACAAAUUUGAGGGAAAAAAAUCCAGAAAAUCACAUUGUAGGAUUUUUUAUGAAUUUAUUUGCUAAUUAUGGUGGAAAAUAAGUAUUUGGUCACCUACAAACAAGCAAGAUUUCUGGCUCUCACAGACCUGUAACUUCUUCUUUAAGAGGCUCCUCUGUCCUCCACUCGUUACCUGUAUUAAUGGCACCUGUUUGAACUUGUUAUCAGUAUAAAAGACACCUGUCCACAACCUCAAACAGUCACACUCCAAACUCCACUAUGGCCAAGACCAAAGAGCUGUCAAAGGACACCAGAAACAAAAUUGUAGACCUGCACCAGGCUGGGAAGACUGAAUCUGCAAUAGGUAAGCAGCUUGGUUUUGAAGAAAUCAACUGUGGGAGCAAUUAUUAGGAAAUAGAAGACAUACAAGACCACUGAUAAUCUCCCUCGAUAUGGGGCUCCACGCAAGAUCUCACCCCGUGGGGUCAAAAUGAUCACAAGAACGGUGAGCAAAAAUCCCAGAACCACACGGGGGGACCUAGUGAAUGACCUGCAGAGAGCUGGGACCAAAGUAACAAAGCCUACCAUCAGUAACACACUACGCCGCCAGGGACUCAAAUCCUGCAGUGCCAGACGUGUCCCCCUGCUUAAGCCAGUACAUGUCCAGACCCGUCUGAAGUUUGCUAGAGUGAAGUCAGAAAACGUUUGACCUGUGUCAUUGCCAACAAAAGGUAUAUAACAAAGUAUUGAGAAACUUUUGUUAUUGACCAAAUACUUAUUUUCCACCAUAAUUUGCAAAUAAAUUCAUUUAAAAUCCUACAAUGUGAUUUUCUGGAUUUUUUUCCCUCAAUUUGUCUGUCAUAUUUGACGUGUACCUAUGAUGAAAAUAACAGGCCUCUCUCAUCUUUUUAAGUGGGAGAACUUGCACAAUUGGUGGCUGACUAAAUACUCCCCCCCCCCCCACUGUACAUACAUACAUACAUACGUACAUACAUACAGGCUUUGACUGUACUUUUAUAGUAUACUGUAUAACACCUACUGUAACAUUCAUAUACCGUACUCACUGCCAGAUUGGUUUGCGUCUAAAAUGUUCCAGUGUUACCUGUUUGUUGUUGACAGCUGGUUCUGGAGUUGUGUCGCUCUGAUUGUUCAGCCGACCCAGAGACCAUCCAGCCACACCUGAGCAGGAUGAGGACCUGCGUCAUCACUCAUAGAGAAAAGGAGGUGAGUGCCACUCAGUGACUGAUCAAGACUUGUAACUGCUGGCUAGGUUCAUUUACUAACUGUUAUGUAUACUUGCUGUAGAUAGAUACAGAGGUGGAGGCAUCAGAAUCAAACUUCUUGGAACUCAUCCAAACUAUUCUAGAUGACCCAAUUGAGAGGGAACACUUCUUCCAGGUUGGUGUGAGAACAAUAAAUAAAUAAAACAAUUUAAAGUCAGAGGAAAACUGAACAGCAGUGUGUGCGCAAUCUGUUCCACAUCUUAUUCCAUUGAAAUCCUCGUUACUGGCUUACUCUACUGCUAAACCUCAACUUGCAUUAGCUAAUAUUGAGUUGACUUGUAUAACUACUAAUGAUGUCAAUAGGAUGCCUCACACUCAAUUAAGAAUGCAUUCAUUUAAUCUGUUAUACACCGCUCAGAUGCACUUGAAUGUGUCUUCUAGGACAUUUUUCCAGAAGAAUUUGGACCCAUGUAUGACACAGCACUGCAGACUCUGAUGUGGGAGUUCCUCUUCAGGCUGGAGAAGAUCCUUCCAACACCAACAUUUCAACAGGUAGGUGCAAUUUGGGAAGAGCCAAUAGUGGCAGCCUUGGCCGAUUUCAGUUGAUGUUGUUAUAUUGCUGAGUCUACCAUACCUUACUGUUGUCAUUUGGUCAAUUUAAUUUGUUGCACAUUUUAAACCACCUCCCCUUCACAGACUGCAUCAUGGCUCAGACCUGCCCCCUCUGUGCUGAAGGAGUGUGCACAGUCUGUGACUCAACCUCAGCCUUUGAAGACUCUUCUCCAGCACAACAGAUGCCAUGACCAUUCGUUCACUAAUGGUAGGCUUUUUGUUGAAAAUUUUCCAGCUCUGUUUUCAUACAGUGGCAAAUAUAAGUUUUAUUACAUUUUAAAUCAACUACCUGCAAGAGACUGAGGCCUGCUACACUGGGUGUGACAUUUUGCAGAGACGCUCCCAUUGUUUGAAAGGAAACUUGGGUGUAAGCAGCAAGGGCUCUGGGUGAAUUUAUGGUUUGUUUCUAUUUUCAAGAUAUCGAUUUGGUAAACAUCUGAGGGAUGGGGUUGGAAAAAUGUAACCACUCUCAUAUUCAUAGACGAAGCUAUGGAUACAAGGACUGACCAUCCAUACCAAAAUUAUAGUUUUAACCAUGUUUUGAGGCUAUAAAAUGUUUGUUUGCAAGUAUGUUUACAAAAGAUGGAGUUAAACUUAUAUUUUCAUUUUUGAUUGGGUACGACAGUUGAACUCAGAUCAUGAGGCAUUUAUAAGUUAUAUUCUUCAAGAAUCAAUGAGUGUAUAUAUAAUUCAAAUCCAAAAAUGUAUGUGGCAAUCACAGGCAGACUAAAUAUUUGAUUAUUCUCUUUUUUUUUAUUUUUAUGUCUCAGCUCAUUCAUCUUGUGCCGAUGAUCGCAUCCUCUCUUCACUGUCUCACACGCUCUCAGAGAGGAUAGACAUGGACAUUGAUGAAGCACACUCACAUAGCCGGUCUUUAUCCACAUGUGCAUCCAGAAAUGAAAGGGACAAUUUGAUAGAGCAAGAUAAUGUAGAGAAGGAGCGGGGGAUGAGUUUGGACACGGUUAGGAAGGCAGUGGAAAUGAAGGAUGGAAGGACAGAGGAAUGGGGAGAGAACAACUAUGAGGAGAGACUGCAACAUGAGUUGGCUUAUGAUGUUUUAAAGGUAGAGAUUGUAGAUGGAGAAGACAUGUCCUCAACAUCAUCGAUGACAGCAGACGACGUCGGAUGGACCUGCUGGACACCCGAGGAGACAAAGGCACUGAUCUCUGUAUGGUCAGAUGAACAGAUUCUUCAGAAGAUGGAGCAAAGCUAUAGAAAAAAACAUGUCUACAGUGAAAUUUCCGAGUGUUUAAAGGAGCUUGGUGUCAAAAAGACGACCAAGCAGUGCCACAACAAGAUAAAGGCAUUAAAGUGGCGAUACAGAGAAACACUGAGGAACCCAAGUAGCCGACCGUGCCCGUUCUUUUCUAAACUGCACAAAUUUCUUGCCGCGGUGCCUGAUAUGCCUGGGUCCAAGGAAACUGGCAAGGUUUCAGAUGGAGAAAUCAUGUCUUUGGAUCAGGAGAAAGGGUCUUCUGUGGAUGUCGAGUUGGAGCCACAACAUGAGAAAAUGGUUUCCAGAAAAGUGAAAGACAAGACAAUCCCCAGAGAGCAAACAAAAGAGAGAAAGGAAGAUGAAGCAUUUUGCAGCCCUCAAAGUGACAGCAAGAUGAAAAUUCCCCCCAAAAAACAUUGUCGCAAACAGAUGGUUGAAGACAUGUCCUCAACAACAUCGGCAGACAAUGACACACGGACCUGGACCCUGGAGGGGACGAAAGCACUGAUCUCUGUAUGGUCAAACAAACAGGUUCUUCAGAUGAUGGAGCAAAGUUACAGAAAAAAACAUGCAUACAGUGAAGUUUCAGAGCGGCUAAAGAACCUUGGUAUCAAAAAGACGUGGAAGCAGUGCCAAUCAAAGAUUAAGCACAUGAAGCACAGCUACAGACAAGCACUGAGGAACCCAAGCAGUAGUGGCCGAGCAACCUGUCCAUUAUUUUCUGAACUGCACAAAUUUCUUGCCAACAUGCCUGAUAUGCCUGAUUCCAAGGAAACUGGCAAGGUUUCAGAUGGAGAAGUAAUGUCUUCGGAUCAGGAUGAAGGGCCUUCUGUGGAUGUCAAGUUGGAGCAUCUACAUGAGAAAAUGGAUUCUAGAAAAGUGAAACUCAAGACACUCCCCGGAGAGCAAACCGAAGAGAGAAAGGAGGAUGAAAGUGACAGCAGAAUGAAUAUCGGAAGAAAACAACAGGUGGUUGAAGAUGUGUCUGAUUUAGAACUUCAGCCUGUAGUGCUGCUGACCCAACUUGAUGACAACGGUCUUAUGACAGGUGGGUAAAACAUUUUUUUUUAAACAAUUUAGUUUUGACAUGGAAUAAUUCAUUCCAAGGUUUAGGUUAGUGGUGUGUGUAGAAAAUGUAUUCCAUGGCUCAAGUUAGGGGUGAGAGUGACAUCUGUAUUAUCUGUAUCCUUUAACAAUGGUACUUCUCUCUUUCAACACCAGAUGGUGCUCCUCGUCUCGUUUCCCAUACCACAGAGCAGUCUCUUAAACGAAGCAAACGUGCCAAAAUAUGCUCCUUAUGUGGGAAGAUUUUUGUUGAAGCAAAGGAUUUGACAACACACAUGAGAACUCACACUGAGCACAGCCCUCACCAGUGCACCAAGUGUGGGGAAGGCUUUGACCAUCAGGACGACUUACAAAAACAUCAGCAGAAUGAGUGUGAGGAGAUGAUGAGCCAACAGGAGGUCAAUGAACACCAGCAUGGAAAGAAGGACAGGAUCUCAGGACAGUCCAGUAAUGCAAGUAGUGAUCCCAAAACAUGCCAUCUAUGCCAUAAGACUUUUGAAUUUCAAUAUAUGUUGAGAAGGCAUCUUAUUAUAUUUCACAAAGGCAAAAUACCUUUUAAGUGUCCUCUUUGUCUGAAGGGUUUUGCCUUCCUCUGUGAUUUGAAGAAACACCGGAGUAACAAAAGAGGUUGUCCUACAAGUGAAGCCUUCAAAAAAAGGAGGGAGUUAAGGUCAAAAAACCCUUCUGCUCGCAUCAUUCCAGGACUUUCCUUAAAUACAAAUAAUUCCAAAACAUGCCCUGUAUGCCAUGCAACUUUUUCACAAACGUCUAGUUUGAAAAGCCACUAUCUUCACCAUCACGCCCCAAAAAAAAGCCGCUUUAAUUGUCCUAGUUGUUUGAAGGCUUUUGUAUCCCACAGUCAAAUGAAGAGACACCAGCAGAACAAAAGAGGUUGUCGGUUAGAGAGAGAUUACAAAAAUGGGAGUAAGCCAGCAUGGUCACUGGCUCCAAGGGAAAAUAUAAAUGAGAUUCCUCAGCCUUCCAGUACAGCAACCCAGGAACCACCAACCUCUCAAGCUCCCACCACUACAGCACAGUCCUCUAAUAAAAAGACUAUUCCCAAAGCAUGUCCACUAUGCCAUAAGUCUUUUAAAUUUGAAGCUACAAUGGUAAGGCACAUUGCAUCUCACCAAAAGGAAAGUCUCAACAAGUGCCCUGACAUAUUGAAGUGCACCUUUUGUGAAGAGAUCUUUUCUCAGGGCAUGGACCUGAAGAGCCACUACAGU